GUUAUUGAUUGAAUCGAAAUAGUUGUUUUGAUUGAUCACAUGUUAAAUUCAUUUAUUUGAUUUUUUUAAAGUUUUCACAUUAUCCAUGGCCGAGAUAUUGAAAGAAAAAGAAGAAAUUAAAGAAUUCCUAAAAAAUCUAGGAAUCGAAUAUCGAUUCAGUUGUUAUUCGGAAAAAAAUCCACAAGGAUGUCAACUAUUAGCUGAUUAUUUAUCUCAAGUGGAUAAUGAUGAUGAAAAAGCGAACAAAGUUCUCAAAGAAAAUUGUGAUGAACGUAAUUAUGGCCGAAGUUGUUCAACUUAUGGAAUGAAUCUGUUGAAUGGUCGCGGAUUUCCAAAAAGACAUCGUGAUCAUUCAGCAGCAUUAAAAUAUUUCAUCAAAGCCUGUGAAUUGAACGAUGCAACUGGAUGUGAUUUUGCUGGAAAAAUUCUAGCCGGUUUUGAACCAUCAAUACGAAAACAUAUUUCACCUGAACAUGAAAAAGGUUUACGUUAUUUGGAACGUGGCUGUAAUAUGGAAUCAACAGCACAAUUAUUCGAAUCAAUUGAAAGUUGUCAUGCAGCAGCUUUUAUGUAUGCAUCCGGUGUCAAAGAUGUAUUUGCACGUGAUGAUGAAAAAGCAAUCGAAUAUGGAACAAAAGCAUGUAAUUCAGGAAAUAUGAAUAGCUGUAAAUUAUUAUCAAUUGUUUAUAAACGUAUGAAUAAUGAAGAAAUGUCGGAAAAAUUUAUGGCCCAUUAUGAACGUUUGAAGAAACAAAUUUCUGAUAAUGUUGGUAUUGAAAUGCAACGUUCAUGAUGAUGAACGCGUUUUAGUUUUGUUUGUUAAAAUUAUUUCAUAGCAUAUAAAUAGUAUCUAAUUUAAAUAUUUCUUUGAAAUUUAAAUAAUAAAACAUCAUUUUAUUUACAUGAAAAAAAA